CUGAGUGGCCAGUCGUGCAGCCCAUUGUACCUCGCCCCUCACGUGGGAUAAUCAGUCCUGUGCAUAUCAGAGCUUUCAUUUUUUUUCUUGCUGUGCCUUUAAGAGCUACAGGAAUGCAAAGAGUCUGGAGAAGGGGUGGGGUCUCCCAACAGGACUUCUGGGGAAAGGAUUCUGGGAAUGUUUGCCAGAAAUGAAGCUGAGAUUCCAACUCUGAGAACUUGGGGGUGGUGUGUGUUGGGUCAGGCCUGUGAUUGGACUGCAGAGUCCACUAGCGAGGAGGAAAGCAAAAGUAAAAGCUGGGGAGAAGGGAGAAGCCCUUACACCCACCCCAAUGCACACUCACCCAGGCCUAGAAGCAGGGUGCAGCCCACUAGCCUCUGGAGGGUCAGCGUGUGUCUCUGGGUGAUGCCAACAGAUGCUGGACCCAGGAAACUCUCUACUCCAAGUCGCCCUGCAAGGCCUCCAGGGACCAGCUUGCCAACAGCUGGACUUGAUCACCAGCUUGCAAAGUGAGGUCACCCAUCUGGUGGAAUAACAAGCGGACUUCUCUCUCCAGCUGUUUUUAGAGGAUUUUCACAACAGUGGCUAGAAAGCAGGAGACCACAACCUGGACCCUUGCGUCUUCUUUGAGAGACACAGCAUAGGUGAUCCCACGCCUGCGUGCUUUGCAGGACAAUGAUGGCCCUUCAGCAAGCUUCUGCCUUCCUGGUCCUGUUCCUCGCAGCUUUCCUGCCCCCGCCGCACUGUGCUCAAGACCCAGCCAUGGUGCACUACAUCUACCAGCGCUUUCGAGUCUUGGAGCAAGGACUACAAAAGUGUACACAAGCAACAAGGGCAUACAUUCAAGACUUCCGUGAGUUCUCAAAAAACAUAUCCGUUAUGCUGGGACGAUGCCAGACCUACACAAGUGAGUAUAAGAGUGCAGUGAGUAACCUGGCACUGAGAGUCGAGCAUGCCCAACGGGAGAUCGACUACCUAGAGUACCUGCGAGAAGCUGACAUAUGCAUAGAAUCAGAGGAGAAGAUCCUGACAGAAAAGCUAGUCCAAGAAGCUGAAGAAGAAAAAAAGAUUCGGACUCUGCUGAAUGCAAGCUGUGACAACAUGCUGAUGGGUAUAAAGUCUCUGAAAAUAGUGAAGAAGACUAUGGAUAGAGAUGGCUCUUGGAUGAAAGAUGCUGUCAGUGCCUCUCCCAAGGUUUAUUCCUUCAUUGGAUCCAGAAACAACACUGUUUGGGAGUUUGCAAACAUGCGGGCACUCAUGGAAGAUAGCACCAAGCUGGGCCCACGGAAGCUAAUCUUAACGCAUUCCUGGCAGGGAACAGGCCAAGUGAUCUACAAAGGUUUCCUAUUUUUUCACAACCAAGGGACUCCUAAUGAAAUAAUCAAAUACAAUCUGCAGAAGAGGACUGUGGAAGAUCGAAUGCUGCUCCCAGGAGGGGCAGGCCGAGCACUGGCCUACCAGCACUCCCCGUCAACUUACAUUGACCUGGCUGUGGAUGAGCAUGGGCUCUGGGCCAUCCACUCAGGGCCAGGGAUCCAUGGCCAUUUGGUUCUCACGAAAAUUGAGCCCGACACACUGGGAAUGGAACACUCAUGGGUCACUCCAUGCAAAAGCCAGGAGGCUGAAGCUGCGUUCCUCUUGUGUGGGGUUCUGUAUGUAGUCUAUAGUUCUGGUGGCCAGGGCCCCCAUCGCAUCACCUGUGUCUACGACCCGAGGGGCACUAUCAGUGAGGAGGAUCUGCCCAACUUGUUCUUCCCCAGGCGGCCAAGAAGUCACUCCAUGAUCCAUUAUAAUGCCAGAGAUAAGCAGCUGUAUGCGUGGAAUGAUGGAAACCAGAUCAUUUACAAACUCCAGACAAAGCGAAAGCAGCCUCUGAAGUAAUGUAUUACAGCUGGGAGGGAGAACACCUUGGCCUUGGAAGCUGCUGUUCAGGACAUUGAGGCCACAGCCCCUUUGCAAUAUUGUAUCCCUCUAAUCACAUAAAGGGACCGAUUCUAAAAGUCGGAAUGCAUUUGCAUCCUCCCAGAUGUUACUGACUUAGAGAUCUUCCAAGAGUUUAGAUGAGAGUCUGUCAUUCAGAAACUUUCAACAACUUACAUUACCCAUCCAAACCUCCUGGCACUCAAGGCCUUCCACAUUCUGAUCCAGUUUACUUCCAGGCUAUUCUUUCACUGGCAUUUACUUUAACUUCACACUCCCCCCCAACCCCCAAGCAAUUAGAAAUGUAGGCCACCCCCUAAUACUCCUGGCUUUUCUCUCCUCUGGCCUUUUCUCAAGCUCUUUCCUGUUUUACAAAUGCCUUUUGAUAUUCUUCCAUUUUUACUCCCAACUAAAAUACUAUUUCUUAUUGAUGUUUAAUCUUGAUUUCUCCUAUUUCCACCUUUCUGCCACGCUAGGUAGAUGUAAUAAUGAGGUAAACAGAUUAACACUUGAAUACUACUUUCAAGCUACAAUGUGUUUGCACCUAUGUUACAUCAAUAAUUCUCAUCUCAGCCUUGUAUGCAGGACAAGUCUUUAUAGUUGCCAUUUUAGAGAUGAGGAGAGCUUAGGUAAGCCAUUCAAAGUAACAGAGCUACAAAAUGAAGGAUAGAGCUAGAAAAUACUGCAAAUCCCAUAGUUUUUUCAUUGUCCAAGGAAGCACCAAAUAUGUAUGUUUGUUCAUGUAACCUUUUGUAAGCAAUACGUUCAUCAUUUUAUUCUAAAAAUAAUAGUUUGCCCCUUUAGCCACUUUUCAUGUCCACGCAAGACUUUCCUACAGCCCUUUCAAAAGCUACUUCCUCCAGAAAAACAGCCUGAGGGUGAGGACCCUACUUCUAGCCUCAUCUUGUCUUACCUUCCUCUAAGCCUCUCUUCUUGUUUGAAAUACAAUAAAAUUGACAUGAA